UAUAUAUGUAUGUAUGUUUACCUUGUCGUGUAGGGUCCAUCCAAGAUACUUAAGACAUCCGUCGUUCAGGAAAUCCUCUGGGUCCGUUUUCAGCCAAAUGCCCAAUUCCUCAAUACAAGCCGCCCGGAUCUCAGGAAGACGGUCCCGGUAUCGGUGCACAAACACACCCCGAAACAGAGCGUUCAUCAUGGAGGAUACCUGCGCUUCGUUCUCCUGCAGCUGCAGUACAAACAUACAGAUUUGUGUAUAAAAGCAAAGUCAAAACUGUGAACAAAUAUGUCCCCCAGUCCACCGGACUACACCUGGCGCAGGCGCUUGACUCAUUUUCACUGAUCUGCUGUUAAUCAUAGCAACUAAUCCACAUCUCCCUCAUAUCACUGACUCAAGCGUCAAACCACAGAAGUAUCUUCAGUCAAAAACAUGACCAGCUGCUUCACUAAUCUCAUCUUUGGUGAGAUUGCUUACCUCUUAAUGAGCCUGAAUCUCCAUGUACUGCCACUAAUAUUCUCUCUUUUAAAAUGAAUUUUUGUAACUCAUAGUCUUGUGCUCCAUGGCGUGAUUGUAGUUCUUCCAGCUUCUUAUAAGUAAUUUGCAAAAACAUAAUCUUAUCUGUGCAGAUGAAAGGAAAUAUGUGCAAUGUUGGUGUUCAUUAUUCUUGUCAUGUGGUCCAAAUCUGUCCUUGUUUUCAUUUUAGUCUUUAUCUAAUCAAGAAAACCUUAUUGAAAAAAUCCACCUGCAGAAUGCGUUACAUUGAUAAGGUCUUAAUUUCCUGGUCUGCAUUUUCAAAUGUGAAAUCCGCUCCUCUCAUCGCAGUGUUUGCAUGAGUGUAUUUGUCACCUCGCUGAUGGAGGCCUGCAGCUCUUCCAGUUGUUCAGUGUCUCUGUAACGCGCCAUGUUGUUGUUCUUCAUGUCGUAUUGCCGCUGUGUGGUCUGUCGCUGGACAGACACUAUCGUGGCCACUUCCACCAGCCUGGUCAUCAACUUCAUCGCUAGUAUGAGAGCAAGCAGGAUGACAAGACAGAACGUGGUGUGAAAGGAUGUAGAAAGGUAAGUAGUACCUCCUAGGUUAUAUAUUUUUAUCCAGAUUCAAGACUCAGUGAGCAAAAGUGGCACAAUCCGUGGGCAAUAGAUGUGUAGUAUGAAUCCUCUACAGCACCUGUCUCGUAUUUACAUUAACUGCAGGGUCUUGACCACAUGCAGAGUGUGCUUACCAAGCAGGGUACUGGUGUGUCUGAAGGCCCUGACCUGCGAGUCAGACAGGCCAGUGAGCAGGGCCAGCAGGGAGGGGAAGAGGUACUCAUCAUAAAUAAGGCUGUUCUGACAGGACCGCACCAAAACACGAGCAAACUCAAACAGGCCGGCUUUGAAGUGCUUCAGUUGCGAGCCUGGGGUGCUGAGAGGAUAGUUCACUGAAUCCUGGAGGAAGAGAGGAAACAAAAGAAAUGGAGGAGGAAUGUAACACCGUGGUUGGUAAAGUAAUAACAGGCACAAGCUUUGGGUUUGUGCUGCUAAUUACAACACUGGCAAAACAAAGUGAUUAAACUCAUCAAUGCACCCAUUUAUCCUCAUUAGAUUUUAAUUAGUAUGUUCCAUCACGCUAGACUCAAUCCCUCGAAUCAUAAUCACCUGGGAUAUGAAGGUUGUUUGACUGUUGCAAAUUUCAGCAGGAUUACAGAAAGUGAGAAGAUAAGACAGAGACUAUAAAUGAGAAGCAAAACUCUCUGAUUUGUGAGAAAAGAUCUUUGUUUUUAGCAAUUUUUUAAAACUAAAGUCACCUCGUUGAAUUCUUUGGUUAGUGUGCUAAUGAUUUCAGCAUUCUGCAUCAUGUCAAACAUCUCUCUGGUCACCACGGCUGGAGAGAAAAAAUAAGAAAAUUAAUGUGGGAUCAAAUCCAAUACCACGAUGUGACUUCACUUUAUGUUUAUGAUCAUUCCACCUUUAAAUACUCACAUAAUCAAUAGACAGUCAAUCAACACAGCACUAAGACAUGUCAUUGUUAUCAUGCAGGGAGAUCAAUAGCUGACUGCUGAUCAUUGCCUGAGCUGAAAUUGAAAAGAUAAUCUCUUGAACUUUGACUCCCGACCCUCAACGCGUUGGCUCUCUCUUGACCUCUGACCUUUGCAUCCACAGGACCGAACAAUGAAGUUGAUGAGCACCAGCAGCCCCGCCUCUCGAUUUCGCUUGUAGCUGUCCAGCCACUCAUCUACCACGGUCUGAAUAGUGACAGGGAGAGGGCAACCAAUGAUGGUGCGAGGUGCAGAUCAAAAGAGCAGAUGGAUAUAUUAAUGAUGAAAGCAUUUGAAAGAGGUUAUUGAUCUUGGCUUUAACAUUUCCUCCUAUCGCUGUCGCUUAUGUUUCUCAAAUUAACAUUUCUAUCUGUAGAUUUUUGUUCAUAUUACAACAUCUCCUUUACAAAACUAUUUCUGGUGCCAUGGCACCAUUAAAAAUCUCAUGUAAAGGUUAAAAAACAAGAAGACGCUGCUCCAGGACAGCUGCUGUGUUGCGAGAGUACACCACACUCAAACUGCUAUAAUCCUUUCAAAGAGGAAAUUCUUUUAAAACUUACUCGAUUUUCUAAACGUGCAAUGUGAAAGUGGGCCUUUACCCAGAAUCACAGUCUCUAUUGUGUCACGGCUCUCCACUGUAGCGACAGACCCUUUUUAUUACAGCUCAACACACUUUUUUGUCCCCCUUCCUUUUGUUAUGUGUUCUUUCUUUUUCAGUCUUUAACCGGAGGAGACAGGGCCCGACAAAACAAAGGUUGGGAUGGAAGCAUGCUGUCAAUCAUUGACCAAAUAACCCAGCAUCAAAACACCUUUUCCUUUUUGCGUAUCAAAGGCAAUUCUGUUGGGUCACAUCAGUCAGCCGCUGACAGAAGAUAUAAUCUGUCCCAUUGUGAGCUCUUAGAGUCCUGUUUCUCAUAUCACUAUACAUGCCUCCUUCACCACCUCCCAGCAUUUAUGUUUACAUCCCACCCACUUCCUUCUGUGUUCUCCAUCUCAGGUUUGCUCACCACCAUGGCAGUUUUUCCAGAGCAGACCGCAUCAUAGAUUUCCUCUGCACUGAUGUCCUGGACAGGCUUGUUCACACUCCCCACAGGUCUAGAAGCCUGCCUCGAUGUCCCUCGGGAGUGCCUCUGCUGUUGCAGGGAGGAGUCUGGAGGAAGGAGGCUGGAUGACACCCUUGAUGCAGCUCUUUGCUUGGGUCUCUUGGGUGGCUUGAGAUGAAAGAAAGAUGGGAGGGCAGCUUGGCAGGGGGCUUUAAGUGAAUUCAUGUUGUCAAAUGAAUUAGUGGUAGCCAUGGCAAGAUGAGGUGCAUGCUUGAACCUCAGUGCUGCAUAUAUUUUGACACCAGUUUAGCCUUUCUGAUCUAAAUAAAAAGUGUGAAACCCUUGGUAAUUUGCACUGUGGUUCAUUUGCAUGAAAACAGCUGUGAUAUACUCCAUUUCUAAGCCUCUAAAUGAACAUAAUCAAUAUCAUUUCAUUUUAUAAUUUAUUUUUGCAUAGCCUAAAAUCAUAAGAAAUGUUACAUUUGGACAUUUUACUUAUACCAAGUAGGUCUAGAUCAUACUCUUUGCUAUAUCUUAUAUAUACAACCUACAUUAAUGCGUCUUUGAGCAUCUGGCACUGUUAGUGGCAAGAGACUGACAAAUUGGGAAAGAACAGCGAUGAGCACAGCAGUGAAAAAUACUAAUGGCUAUGAUGUCAGUAAUCAUAGAAAAAUAAGUGUAAUAUUAACAGUGAUGACGUUUAAUAAGAAAUUAAUGGAAAAACUCUGUAAAGAAAUAAAAUCACUCACCUUAAGUCCAGUGACAGCUCGUUUGCUCCUCUUGGCGGGUUGCAGCGUGGCUUCAUAGUCACUCCCAGAAUCUGAGAAAUCGGCUAAAUCUUCAAGACUGGACACACAAUAUACAUAAAAUAAACAAUGAAGACGAAUCCAAGCAUCAGUCUGACAUUUUAAUCAUGAGACCAUCAAUUAUUUAAUAAUUCUUUAACUAUUUUAACCCCUUUUGUUGGUAAGAUAUCAAAUGUCCACCCUUUUUACAUUACAUUUACUUAAACUUGUGCUUUGAGCCUCUGUUUAUGGUUCUAUUGUGUUUUAUUGUAUAUAGAUAAACACUAUGUGCCAAUAAAAGUUUAUAUAAAUCUCCUGUAAAAGGUACCAAAACAGUCACAUAGUUAAAACAAAUCUUUUUGACAUCUCUUACCCAAGAUAAAUUGGAUUUGUAAAAAAUUACCUGUCCAUAAAUUGGUCGUCAUCCGCCAUUUUCGGCCAGAAAGACUUGAAGGAUAGCAACACUUGCCGCGGUGAGGCCUAUGGUACGGGAGAUGGGACAAAAUUACGUACAGAACUUCGCUAAUUUAACACAGUUAGUUGGGUAGUUAGGUAGUUAACACUAGCCUGAUCAAAUUACUUCAUUGGCAUCGUUUUUAAGAUUUUAACACCCACUUCAGACGUUCAGCUAUCAUUCAAGACGAUUACUUUAAGACUUAUGACCUGUGAUAUAGCGGUAGUUUUGAAGAGGAAAUACGGAUGCUAUCGUUAUUGACUCCAAAUCAAUUUCUGCUGUUAGCGUUCAAGCUAGUUACCGGCUAACUAAUAUAGGGAGGUUUUAAUAAAUAGUAAUUAACAGUAAACAUAAAUUUGCUAACUUUUUAUGCUAAGUUAUUUACCUUAGACGUACUUUUUGAUGAAUGUGUGGAUAAGACGAUUUUCUCUCUUCGACGAUCAAAGGCGCGAAAAAAAGUAACACUAUUCUUUAUACUGAUUGGUAGCAAUUUCUUCAAAGCGAAAGAUGAUUGGUUCUUUCAGAAUCUCACUUGAUGGCCAUUGGUCAUUAUAGAUAACCCGUUGCUAAGCUGGCAGUGGAAUAAUUAAGCCAUAUACACAUAGCUUCGUUUAAGCAGCACACAAAGUUUAUUUAAUAUAUUUAUUUAAUUUAGUUUAUUUAAUAAACUCCAGCACACCACCAACAGCUUUGGCUAUUAAAUUAUAAAACCAGCAAUUUUUAAGAACAAUAUCUUUUAAGUACAAUUUACAGCUCUUGUACCGGGUUGCAUUAUAUUUCCCUGAUGUUUAUGUUAUGGCUGAUGAGUGAACACAGUCAAUAGGCUAAUGCUGUAAUAUGGAUCUACAUCUAUUAAGUUUUUCUGUAUUUAUUUUCUCUUUUUCGAUCUCUUUUGGUCACAAAAAAUUCACAGUAUUAAGUCUGUCCGUCUACUCUGUUUUUUUUUUUUUUCCCUGUUUCAGUUUUUUGGAUCCUGAGGAGGUGGGCUCAGCUGUUCCUCGCCCCUCCACCGCAGGCUCCUCAUCCCUCUCUCCUGUUGGUCCAUUGUUCAGUGUCUAUAGGACCAGGGUCAAGUAAGCCUCUGUGAAACACACAACUUCUGGUCCUUACCUCCAAUAUAAAACACCAGUAACUCAACUGUAACGUGAAAUUUCGCCUGAAAACCAGACUCAAAACCCACGCAGCUCAAGGAAGAACAUUUAUGAAUUAAUUUUACGCCAGGACAUCCCUUUAAUUUGAGGAGAGUUCAGCUGCAUCAGAAAAUAUACUUAUUAAAAAAAUAGUAAAUACUAAAAAUAGUAAAGCCUACUUAGUGUCGUCUUUUACUGCAGUUUGUUUUCUGUUUAUUUAAUUUAUUGUAGCAGUGAAAGUGCAUUGUCAGCUUAAAAUUGUUUUAACAUUUUUAAAAGGUGUCAUAUUAUACAGACUGACUUUCACAUAUUCUCUUUUUUGCGAUCCAUUUGAAAUCAUUUUGCUUCUGUCAGAAAGAAACUUCUACUCAAACGUCCUUUGUGCUUUUAUUUUGAAAUAAUCCACUUUCCCGGCCAUUUCCUGCUUAUUCCAGUGUUCUUGACAGUCGGGCUGUCGGAUGAGGCGGAGGGACGGGAGUGCCUCGUAGUUCAUUCACAGCCUCUUUACAUGUACGUACAACAGUGGAUCUCCCCGGGAGGACAAAUUAAACGGACACGGUGUGUGGAAACAUAUGCGUGAUGUAAAAUACAUCCCGGAUACAUCUGUUCAAUGCACCCACUGUGGGAAACUAUGACUGCUUCAAUCGAGUGACGAUUUUGGAUACUUUGACUCUUUUUACUUUUGCGUGCAUCUCGACCGGACAGCCUUUCAUUUAUUUAUAAAGGUGCUGCACCCUUAGUCUGGUUUUCAAAGGCUACACCCCCUCUGCGCUGUCUAUUUCUGAGCCCUGCGGUGAGGAUGGAUACCCGGCUAUGUUUCUCCAGGUACCCGCUGUUAGUGCAGCUCUGCACGGUGUAUGCUCUGUUGGGGACCCGGAGCCCCGUGGCUUUAGCGGGGAGGAGCUGCGCAGACACCCGGCAGGUGUACGCGGAGAAGGGGUACAGCACAGGCACUGCGCCGAUGACUCAAAUCUCCGGUAAGACUCUGCAGCCAACAUUUAGUGGGAGUUAUCACGAAACCAAACAGCUUUGGGACUUAUGUGUAGAAGCCAGUCUUAAUCUGUUAUCAAUGCUUUGGUCGAGUUUUCUUAAAGGAUGUUACAGAAAAUGUCGCAGGUGAAUGAUUGGAGUGCGUCAGCGUGCUCCAGGGAUAAAAAUAGUCUCAUACAUUAUGGUCAGUGUAAACUCACACCACAAAUUAUGAGGAGAACCACAACCCUAACACAAGCAAUUCACCUGAAGUGGCAUUCAAAAGUGCAAGGUGGCUUAAAACUCACAAAUGUUGGAUAUCAUGGUGAGUUUCCCCUCUGGAGAAAUUAUGCAGGGUGGUUUAAACCAAAUUAUACCCACCCCCUCCUCCCUGUGUGCGGUUUAAAUAGGAUGAUUAAGGGGAUGAGCAAUUUGCCAACACCGGUGCAACAAAGAACCUCGCCCCUAAUUAGUCUUUGCCUACUAGCCCACUGUUAAAUCCCUGCAUACAGCCAUAGGCUCUGUUCACCGGUGAUAAUCUUAUCUGCAGAAUUAAAAGAUAUCACAUGGAUUACAGACUGCUGGAUUUUGAGCAAAGUGAAGUUCUGAUGAGAGGGUGGAAUAAGGAGAUUAUAAGUGGAGUUGAAUGUCUGACACACUGAGGGAGGAAAUUCUGGUGCACUUCAGUGUCUGAAAAUGUAGCCUACUUCGAGGAGGUUCAGCUUUGCAUGUAAAUCAGUGAGAGAAUGACUGUGUGUGUGUGUCUGUGUGUGGGUUAGCCCAAGACAGACCUGCAGCUUCAUCUGCAAAGGGUCUGAAAUGUAAGAGCAGACUCAUAGCAGAUCUCUGGGGUGUGAGGGUUGAUUUGGUGGAAAUUUAGCUCAGCGUGAGUCCCAACUGCAGUAUUGAUUGAUUAUGUGGGUGUAAGUGUGCGUGUGUGUUGGGCUAUCACUGCCUGAGUCUUGGCUCACUGUCCCGUGGGCCAGGGGAGCAGAUGGCCGGGAGAGGGAAGGAUGAAGAGAGGCAGUUUAGAAAUGGAAAUAGAGGGAUGAGAGAGGACUAAUAGUGAGACACACAGUGAGAACAAAAGAGGCAGAGAGGAACAUCAGUGAGGGUGGAGUUGGGAAUGACACUUUCUUCCCUGUAUUAACAGCAGAAAUAUUCAUGUUGGAUGUAAAAUUGCAGGGGGAAAAAAAUGAAUUCAAACCUUUUGCACAUGCAGAGUGCUGCUGCCAGUGUGUCUUUUAUUGUCUUUCUCCCCUGGUUGUCGUUUGCAUAUCAUUACCUCUGACAUAUCAAAGACCAAACCUGAGCUGACAAAGACAGACAGAUUGAAACUGAAUAAUUCAUGCAAGGAAAUUACAAUUUUUCUAUCACACCCUUAUCUUUGGACGGAUUUCCCCACAGUGACUGGGCAGACUGAUGCGUGCAGGAAUCGACUCUCUGACUAAAAACAUGUGCUUUAACCCGAUAUUAGAACUACUGGCUGAGAGUGGGUCUGGGUUUUGUUUUGGUAUUUAUAAUCACUUAAUUUUCAGUCUUUUGUAGAGCAGAAAUUCAUAAGAACAUUUGAUAACACUCAAUAAGAAACCACCUGUUAAAAUGCAUCAUGAGCUUAUCUAAAAAGACUUGUAAAUACAAGUAUAAGGCUUCAUAACAAUCCUCAUAAGUGAUUAUAGGUAGUGUGCUCAGUAAAAGCAGUUAUACAAGUUUAUUCCAGUCAAGUAAUCCGAUUGGUUAAGAGGUCUUCUAUUAUGACUUUUAUGUAGGGUACAAUGACUCUUACACUUCUUACAAUCACUUUGUUUUAGGUGUUAUAAAUUAAAAUGCUAAUUAACUAAAGAUGGUCCUUGUCUAGACUGAUCAAACACACGUUAUUUGACAAACACACAGUCCAAAAAAUUAAAAAUAAUGUUUUCCUGUCAAGAUUCGAACUAGUGUUACUGGUGGAGACAAAUCAAUGAUUAAUUAAACUUUAUGACUUUAUGCUAAAUGUUUAUAAAAAUAUAAGCAGUAUCACCCUCAAUGUCAUGCUGUUAUUGAAGAUAUCAGCUCUUUGGUGUAACAAAAUCACAGCCAUGCAGAUAUUCGUAUAACGGCACACUCUCUGGUGUCAGUUUAUUCAGUUUCUCCUCAUAUAUCUCAGUACACGUGUAACAGAUCCUAACUCUUCUUCUUGUCAUCCAGGUGAACACCUACGCCUCUGCCCUCAGGACUACACCUGCUGCUCCAGUCAGAUGGAGGAGACUCUGGCCCUUCAGAGCGAGCGGGACUUCCUCAGAGCCGUUGAAGAGAACAGCCAGUUUCUACUGACGACCUUCACCCAGAGACACCGCAGGUUUGAUGGUAAGAAGCUGAUUCUGAAGCCCGGAAAGUCAUCAGUCAAGUUAAUGGAAACAGUUGAUGCUUCAUAAUUAGCUUUAAAAAGUUUCUCCCUUGAAGCCAGAAUGAGUACAUCUGAAGGAACACAAAUUGCACUCUGCUUCUCUUGGUCUCGCCCUUCCCAUCCUCUGGGUUUGAGCGACAGCUGAUUAAAAACUUAUUCAGGCUCGCCGCCUGCACAGUUCCUCUGAUGGCGUGAUAUCUGAGCCACAAAAUUAACACUGGCAGCCAAGAGCACAACGAUGCGUACAUACUGCAAAGCUCCUAGCAUGGCUCUAAUUUAUUUUUAAUCAACUCAUGAGAGCUGCUGAGAUUCAAGGGCUGCUGCUCGAAUCUUUUCCCUCUUAUAAAGUUAUUGGAUUCACAGGAGAGAGAUCAUAAGAGUUGAGCUAAUGGCUUCAGUAAAGCAGGUUGAAAUACAGAAAAAUCUGACGCUCAUACUUGUACUUGACUCUUGAUCCUGUCUUUCCCAAGAUGUAACCUAAUAAUGUUUUGAUUUUGCUGUGUCUGGUUGGUAAAUGCACGACUUUUACUCCAUUUAGGGCUGCGAAAGACCCGUAUUGUUAGUUGUAGCCUGUUUGCCCACCUUUAUAUUUGCACAUUAAUCAUGUAUCUUAUUGUCAAUGCAAUGCCCAACAGUGUGGGAAAGUGUGUGCACCCCCAAUCCCACCUCCAAUUUCAUCAUUUCCUGUGAAUAAACUCACCAAGCCCACUUGAGGUAAUCCUGCUGAUGUCAUUUUGAUGUCAUACGCGCCAUGAUCUCAGAAAGCCAGACGACACUGUCACACAGUUUCCACAGUUUUCAUGGCGGAAAAAGGCAGAAGAUCUGACCUCUCUGUGUAAAACAGGUGGAAUACCCCUUUAGAAAAGGUUUUAGGGUAGGAAACUUAUCCAGACAUCUACAGUAACUGCAUUUCAGAGAAUCCAGCCCACGCUGUCUCAAUUUUGGAGACUUUACACUUUCUCCUUCCACCUGCUGUGGACUGCUGUCACUUUUUUCCCUCCUCAUCUUUUUAUAUAAUGUACACGAUGAAUCAUUUAAGCACAUCGAUAGAGUGGGAGACAGUAUAUGAGUCCUGCAGACCUAAAUAGAGUACAUGUUGUUACACUCGUUUACCAGCAUGCAGGAUCUGAUGUAACUGUCCCUAUGAGCUGUUAAUCUUGCAGUAGGGGGGCUGACUGAGCGCCCACAUAGGUAGAAAACCGGCCAAGAUAUUAGAGGGAAAAAAAAGGGAAGGUGGGUGGCAGAUUAAUAUCUUAUCUCUGCUUGUGCUGUCUCUUUGCAGAGUUCUUCAGAGAGCUUAUAGACCUGUCGGAGAAGUCCAUGAACCAGAUGUUUACCAAGACCUACGGUCGCCUCUUUACCCAGAAUGCACACGUCUUCCAGGAGCUGUUUGUGGAGCUGCGCAGAUAUUAUUCUGGUUUGUGUAGCCCACCUCUCCGCACUCUUAUAUCUUUAGUCAUCUAAUUAAUUCACCUAUUGGGUUGAAUUUGACAAAUGAAAUAAGGGUGGUCCAUCCCUCAUCUAUGUUUCAAAGUAUUCAGUUAAUGGGAUGUUAUUUGACAAAUUUAGGGAGUAAUAUUCAGGCUGGGAUGGAUUUUUGAAGAAUAUGAAUGCGGCUAUCACCACCCUGAAUAAAACAUCUGUUUGAAUGAUGUCUGUUCAAAAGCUGUGGUAAUUCCUCAUUGGAGGGAACAGGAUAGUGUCAUUUUAGGAGUAAAUCCACGGCAGAAAAAAGCUGAGUUUUCCCUUUAAAGGAAGAAUUAAAAUGCAGGGGACAAUUGCAGAAAAAAAUAGAAAGAUUUGGAAUCCCACAGCUGACUGUUUCUAUUUCUGUUCCUCAUCGCUCAGUUUUGGCUCGACAGCAGCUCUCUGGCGUGUCUAUCCGCAGGCUGUUGCUGCUUAGUCAGGCUGAGUCGAUCUGCCAAACGGCAUAUAUGGCUAAUUUUGAGGCUGCUCAGUAGACUGCAGGCCUGAAAGCUGUAUUGUAAGUGUGUCUGUAAAAUCAGACAUAUAAGCAUGAAAAGCUUUUAAAGGAAGAACAAAAUAAGGAAAAUAGUGCACUGAACAUUUUGAAUAUAUGAAUCAAUGCAGCAUGUAUUUUGAUCUUGUACUGCCAGUUUGAAAACUACGUGACUUUAUUUUUGGAUUUACUGCAGCAACUUUCAUCCAAGAGAGUGAAGCAUCUGAGCACAUUUUACAAUUUAUUUAUUUAGCAAGGAUCCAUCCAGGAAUCAAAUUUGACUCCAGUUUUCCCUUCACGGCAGCCAAAAUAUGCAGCUAACCACAUCUCAGCCUCUCUUCUAAACUUUAAAGUAGGGCUGUCACAAUUUCAGAAGACUUGACCUCAAAAAUAAGUUUUUCAUGUUUUUAAUUUUGAUAUUUUUUCUGUCUUUUCUUUAGAUUGCUUUAUUUCCUGUAUGGUGAAACUAUGCUUUUAUUUUAAAGUUAUUUCCUGCAGAUCGCAAGUAGCGGAUCUGGACAAAAACAAUUAAAGGACCAGUUAGAAAGUAUUGAACUGAUUAGAAACCUGGAGAGAUAAGACUGGGACGGCCCUGUUUUAAGAUAAAUCUGUAUAAAGUUAUCAUACUCUGAUGGAAAUACUCAAAAUAAAUGUAGUUGUUUCAGGAAAUCUGCAUUUCCUUUCACAUUCUCUAACUAACAGGAUCAUUGGUUUUACCAGGUCUCAGGUGCUCUCUGCAAGCAAAUAAUCUCCCAAGGUUGCUCUUCUGUCCACAGGGGGCAGUGUAAGCCUCUCAGAGGUCCUGUCAGACUUCUGGUCUAGACUGGUUGAACGGGUCUUCUCUCUGGUGAACCCCCAGUAUCAGUUCAGCGAGGACUACCUGGAAUGUGUCAGCAAACAUGCAGAGCAGCUGCAGCCCUUUGGGGAUGUGCCGCGCAAGCUGCGUGUACAAGUAUGCAACUGGACAAAUCCACUAAAACGACUUUGAAAAAUUAUCUUUUGCUUUUAUAUGGAUUGAUUAUGACCAAGUGUCCCUUUGGUGUCUCUUUCUCUUCAUGCGCAGGUGUCGAGGGCUUUCAUUGCAGCCAGAUCUCUUUCUCAGGCUUUGGCUACCGGUCGAGAUAUUGUCAACAAAGCAACAAAGGUGAUCGCCUCUUUAUACUGGUGUCUGUGCUGAUGUGGAAACUGCGGAGGUUGCAGGAUAAUAACUCAAAGGACUCUUCCAUCUCAAAUAUAAAUCUGUUAAAGUAAUCUGUUAUAUUAUUUAUAUGAACUUUAUUAAAUGUUUAUCUCAAGUUCUGUCUUCUUCAUCUCUGUUUUGUAGUUGACUGCAGAUUCAGAGUGUGUGCGCGGGCUGAUGCGUCAGUGGUACUGCCCUUUGUGUCGAGGCAUGCCCUCUCUUCGGCCCUGCCACUCCCUGUGCCUUAAUGUGAUGAAGGGCUGCUUAGCCAAUCAGGCUGACCUGAACACUGAAUGGGAUAAUUUCAUUGGUAGGUGAAAGUUGCAUGAAGAAGAACACAUCUUGGCAUGCCUAUUGAAUUUAAACUUGUGUGAACACUUCACUUUUUUUGCAACACUUAAAUAAAAAUGCAUGAGUUGUGAAAAAAAUCCACCUCUUACAUUUCUUGCUAACAAAGACACGAGCCAUAAAGACCACAUUUUUUUCAACCACGCUGUCAAUAUAUUUAUUUAUACCAACAAAAACUGGCCAUUUUAACCUGCAACAUAGAUCUUAAAGGGGUUCUUUGUCUUUUUGAGGCCGCCCCAAGUGGACACUGUUGGGACUGCAGUUUUUUGCACACACUAGUCACCUUUAACAACAUACUGGGACCAAAUCAGCAAGUGGAUUAGGUAUUCUACUCUGUCAACAGGGGGCGCCAAAACAGACAUAUAGCAAGCUCCUCACAGAUGCUUAAAAAAAGCCCCAAUACCUCUAGUGUCAGAGGUUUUGUAUCCCUCAGACAAAAUGCCCAAAUACAUGUAAAUGUGUUGUAAAUUUUAAUGACCAUUAUGGAUAUGAACGAAUCUGAAACACACUUCCUUUAUCGCCCUCUGUCUUUCAUUUACCUCACCUCAUUUCCCCCUAAUGAAUUCCUCCUCUAUUAAUCAUUCAUGCCCCUCUGCUCCUUCACAAUUGAUCUGUCUUCCUACGUGUCCUUCCUCCCCUCAUCAAACCCAUGCGUUCUUUUCUUCCCUCCUUUUCAUGUGCGGCGCCGUCUUCAACCUUUCAUCACUCAAUCCUUGUGUACUCCGCCUGAACCUCUUCCACCCCUGCGACGCCUUCUCUCCCGCCACCAUUCUCCUUAUAUUUCUGUCCUCUUUAUAUGAUAUCGGCUCACUCAGUAAUGUCUCCAUCCUCUAUCAGACGCUCUGUACCAGGUUUCAGAGAAGCUGGAGGGGCCGUUCAACAUGGAGCUUGCAGCCGACUCCAUCUCUGUGAAAGUGUCGGAGGCCAUCAUGCACAUGCAGGAAAACAGCGUCAGCAUCUCCACUAAGGCAAGAAGAGAUGCAUUAUCUUUUCUCAAAAUGUCUUAUUGUGUAUUUCAGUCUGUUGGUCUCUGAAAAAAUCAGGGUGCACUUGUAAAAUCUUUGAAUAUUUGUCUCGGAAAUCUCUCUGACGUGCCAAAGCUACUCUCUUGUGAGUUUUAUUGACUAAAAUUCUUAAUGACUCGAUGAAAAAUUAAGAAGGAAUUAAAGAAGAAAGCUAGGAUUUUCCACUCAGAGAACAUGACAGUCAGAUUCAACAUGGCAGGCGUCCCAGCAGCUAAUCCAUCAGAGACACCCACAUCAUAUUGGAAACAGAAAAGGUUUGUGGUCGCAGCGCUGUCAGGAACAGGCUGUGCUUUAAAGCUUUGACUGUUUGUUGCUUUUCACUGACAGAGUGUGAAUGUGGAGGUUGUGGAAAGCUUUGUCAACACUGUCACUCUAAAAGUUUCAGCUGUUUUACAACUUUAUUCGGCGUGGGCUCUGGCUUUACCUGCUAGUAUGCGAGUCCAACACGUCACUGAAUCCUUCGCCUAUGAGGGUUUUGCAGGCUAACACUAGAUUUGCUGGGAAAAAAACAGCUAAAAUGUUGUGUUACGAGGCCUCUUUUGUUUUCAGUGGAGCUUUAUCACGAUUUCGAAGUUGGGGGAGUCUGUAUUUGUCAGUCAGACAUGUUCACAGUAGAGAGAUGACAUGAAAUGGUGAGAAAAAUGAGGAAUGACAUGCAAUCAAAGCUCCUGCCUUAUUUAGCCUGUUGUGGUACGUGGUGAGUGCCUGAACCCCUGAACUCUGCUGCGCUCCUAUUUUAUCCCUUCAUAAAGCUGAAGGUGAAAAGGCAAGAUGAAGCACAGCGAGUGGGUUGGAAAAAUAACUGAUCCCAAAUGGUUUUUCUGUAAAUUUGAAAAAGGACCAAACAGAGGAGAUUCCUUUUAGUACCCACAGAAAGAUAUGGCAAAGUUAAGCUGUGAAAGUGCACAUUACACAGCUGUUUAUAUAUGCUUUGUGUCCUUUUAAACCAGGUGUUUCAAGGUUGUGGAAACCCACGGCCAACUCCAGGAAGGUCCAAACGCUCACCCAAAGAGUCAGGGGGCAACAGGAGACCCUUCCGCACCUACACCCCAGAGGAGAAACCCACCACUGCUGCAGGCACCAACCUGGACCGGCUGGUGAGGAUAAACCUACAUCUCUAAAAAUAAAGUACUUGUAGUGACUUUGCUGACCUGAAUUUUAGUCACUGUCUGGGUGCGGGAGUGAGGUGCUUUUGACGCGCUUUGAGUACAAUUUAAUGUCCAGUCCAAGGUUGUUGUUGAAAUAUAUUUUCGCCAUUUAUUGAUAAAAUGAAAAACAAACAGAAAUAGACAGAUAUGUCAAAAUUUUGACGAUGGUGAUGUACAUGAUGAGAUUAAGAGUGGUGUUGGAGAUUAACGGUAAAAAUGGUGUGCUCUUCCCGUUCCCCAGAUCACUGCUUCACCUGUGUCCCUUUUGUAGCAUUUACCUCCCCAUUCACCUGAAGUGCCCCCUGUGGUGAUUGUGCGAGUAACAAAACACAACCUAAAAAUAAUAUAGAUAAAAUGGCUCAUACAGCACUCCAAGGUAUUUAAGCACAAACAGCCCCUACAUAUACAUAUUGUCUCCGGCAGCUGUGUUCAUCUACUAGCUGCUUACCUUUUUUGUCUCAUCUGACAGGUAGAGUACAGCUGUUUUAGUUUUUCAAAAAUCUGACCAGUGGCCAGUGCGGGGGACCCAAAUCAUUUUGAGCUGAAAAUAAAAUAAAAAACAGAGCUUAAAGAUGCUUCAACUCUCUGUGAAGUUGUGCGAUUUACAGCUCAAAAAUGUUGAAACUGUAUCUGACUUCUACAUGAAUCAGGAGCAAAAGGCAAAAGGAAGGAGAAACAGCAAAGUAAGUCUUUGCUUGGUACAAGAAACUAAUAAAAAAGAGAGCUGCAGUCAGAACCCAGAUGUUCCUCUGUGGCCACAGAGUGAUAAAAGUGCUGGAAAGUAAAUGAAACUGAGGGCAGAGGAGGGAGAAAGAGAAAGCAGGUAUUCAUAUCUUUUCAUAAAAAACAUGGUCCAAGAGCUGACCCCGAAACAGAGUCGUGUCAGUUCUUUGCUUUGACCAGCGUCAAUACGCUUCCUCCAGCCAGCCAUACCGUACAAGGUUAUUUUAAUACCAGCUAUGACUCACAACCAAUUUCUAUCCCGCCUCCCUACAGGUUACAGAGCUGAAGGAGCGUCUGAGGCCCAUGCGUGGUUUCUGGGUGUCCCUCCCACACACCAUCUGCAAAGACGAGAGGAUGGCUACCGACGUCACUAAUGAGGACCGCUGCUGGAACGGGCAGACCCGAGGGAGGUGAGCAAGAUCAUAGAGGAGGAGUGGAGGGAGGGAUUCGAUGGAGGUGGAGGAGUGAGAGGGAGAGAAGUGGUGGUGCAGCGGUGGAAAGAUGCAACAGAUGGAAGCGGGUUGAUUUCACCGGUUACCCUCAUGCUCAUCGUGUGGGUCUGCUUACUUUUACGCACAAAGAAACAGUGUGACAACAUUUAUCUGGGCAUAGAGUGUACAAGUGUGUUUGUGUGUAUGAGCACGGAAAAGAAAAAGAUGAAAAUCAGCCUGGACGAUUUAGUAUCUGUGAUGGUUCAGCUGCAUUAAAUGAAGGUUCUUGAAAAGUAAACCCAUUUAAGCAGCUUUAGUCACAAAGUGGAAGACAAAGCAUGACAAAAAAAUAACACUUGUCAUUCAUAUUUGCAGUCUCAAAGCAAUCGGAGGCCCUUUUAACAUAAACAAUAAGCAUUAUUAAAUAUUAGAUAAACCAGUUUGUCAUCUUCUCAUCUGAUUUUGUUGCUCUCAUCUCCAUCACCACAGUUGUGAGCAGCGAAACACUUCCAUUUUCUUUUUUUUCCCCUCUUAAAAUAUGCACAGAUACAGCUCAGUCAGUAGGUGGAAUAUCUCUGAGCAGCUGAACAUUUUGUCCUCAAACUAAAUGUGUUGAAAGCAGGAGAUAUGAGCAGGUGUAAGGAUGUGAGUGGAUUUGACAAAGACCAAACUGGAAGACGGUGGCCUGGAGGAACUCAAAGUGUUGACUGGGCCUUCAGGUUUACCAGAUCUCAGUCCAACCAAGUAUCUGUUCGAUGUGCUGGACGACCAAGUCUAAACCUUGGACGCCCCCUCUCUCAGCUAACGAGACUUAAAUAGACAGUCAACACAACGGCAUAGAAAGCUACAGGGUGGAUGUCUGUAAAGAGGUAGCGUUAUGUUUUGUUUAUAUUUUGCAAACAGAUGUCAGAGGUCUGAUCUAUAUGCGAGCAAAGUUUCAGAUUGUAAGGUUAAUGUGUGUUGAAGUAAUCCACAGAUGAGACUUCAGGGCGUUCCAAAAGUCACAUGAGAAUUGAACGAGAUCAAGAUGAGAUUUGCUCAGAUCGUGACAUCAUCAGACAGCGAAUCUCCUCAUUAAAAUAAGUUUUUUUUAGAUGGCAACAGUGAUGGAGACUUCAAGAACGCUGGGUUCUGGAAGCUUGAGGUCUCUCUCUGAAACACAACUUUUUGUUCAUCCUGCUGCUUUUCAAAAACUCAUUUUUAGGACACUGUUAUUUUACUUCUGUCAAAGUCCCUCUUUUGGAUGACCCGGAUGAAGUGAUCCAUUAUUUAUUCAGAUUGAUGGUGGGGAGGGAGAGGGUCGCUUUUGGAUGUUAACGUCGCUCUACAUGUAAACACAUCCUCAUCAAGUUGUCCCUGUCUUUCACUGUAGUCUCUUCUAUUCCAUCAAGUAGACAGCUUUACACAUGCCUCUGUGUCUGCAUGCUCAGGUACCUCCCGGAUGUGACAGGCGACGGGCUGGUCAGCCAGAUCAACAACCCUGAGGUGGAGGUGGACAUUGCUCGGCCUGACGUGAGGACCAGACAGCUGAUCAUGGAGCUGAGGGUGGCGACCAAUAAGCUGCGACACGCUCAGAGCGGGCAGGACAUGGACUUCAUGGACAGUGAGUCCGCGACACUGUCUUUGUUUGUUAAUCCUGGAUGUUGUAUGGAGAUGAUGAUCUCUAAACUCUUAUUUUUCUUUGUUUCAGGUGAGGAGGGCAGUGGCUCAGGAGGGGGAGAUCAUGGUGAAAGGUACAAUGAUGACUGGCCAGGUUAUGGACCUUACUCCCCGCCCUACAACAAACCCCCUCCUAAUCCAGCCUCCAACCCUGCGAAGCCACCCCGGGUCAGAGAAAGAAACGGCUCCAAGUGGAACAGAAACAACAACCACGGUCGGGUCAGAUCCGCUAGCAGCCGGCUCACUUCUUCUCUAGUCCUUUUGUUGUGGUUGCCUUCUGUGGUCAAUUUCCCCCUCAUGUGGAGAUAGCUGGUUAUUACAGUUUGCAGGCAGUGGCAGUGCCUGUCGUUUUAGGGAUCUGAAGCACAUUGAAGAAUAAAGUCAUUCCAUUUGGGUACACCAGCAUAAUAAAAGAGACAAAAACAGGCCAAAUUAGCAAUAAUCAAGAACCUGUUUACAGCACAAAAUAGUGAUAGUUAUCAGAGUAACUGUUCCUCUUCUUCCCAAAUAAGCUUUACCAGGCAUUGAUAAGGACAAACAAUAAUGUAUAUUAAGUGUUUUUAAUUUUUGGUGCCAUCUAUGAGAUAUUCAACCUAUUGGAGUUGUAAUGCUGGAUAGUGUAUGAGCCUUCUGUGAAAACGGAACAAGAGCACCACAACCAGGGUCUGAAAUUAACAUGGAGACUCACCGCCCAGGUGGGGGUAGAUGAAGAAAUCUGCCUGAUCAUGUUUUUACCAGCCAAAAAAUAAUAAUCUGUGUUUCAAUGUUUAUUACUGAUCUAUGAAGCGCUUUUUAAAAUACUCAGAUGCUUUACACAGAAAUGUAGAUAUACAUCCCCCUUUUUUCUUCAUCGUUCCUCAUGAAGACUUUAAUAUGCUUUAUACAUUAAUAUGUAUAAUGCUCUGUCCCUACUACACACACACACACACACACACACACACACACACACACACACACACACGAACACACACACUGGCACUUCUGUGUGUGUGUCUGCUCUUUUGACUCUCUUCUGGUUUCAUUCAAUCACCUGAAAGUAUUUAAAACUGUGAUUUGUUUUCACCUGAGAUCUAUUUUUACACUCGCUGAGCCGCAGGAGGAGAAAGCUUGAUGUUUGUUACACGGCAGAGUUCCCACAACAGCUAAAAUAUUUCUGGGAAGGAUGUGGCGGUCAGCACGGCGUGUGUCUGUAACAGAACGAGCAAAGAUAAUCAGACGUACAUGCGUAAAUAUCAAGCCUGUUGGAGGCAGUAGAAAGCUUUUGGCGAGUAUUUUGAGCCUCUUACCCACUCCGCCCCUCAAGCAUGUGGCACAAAGAGUCUCUUGACGCUAUCCCUGCAGAUACAAGAUAUUACUGCGUGCACACAAGUGUACGACCAACCUGGCAUAGUUCAGAUGGUGAGUGAAGAGGCAAGACUCAGAAGUUUCCAAGAAAACCUCUUUCUAAUUAUUGCUCGACUACUUAGGAUGCACACAUUCACCCACCGCAUGGCUCAUCUGAAAAUGACUCCCACAGUGGAAACUCUACUUAUAUUUGGUACUUGGCAGGUGUUAAUUUCAGACCCUGAGCAGAAAUGUUUGGAUGAUAGAGCUUGGUUCAUGUGAACAAGUUUAAUUUUCAGUUUUAUCAGGUUGAGCUUGUUUGCUGCCUUUUCUCACAAAUAAGUGAAUGAGUGAAUUAGUUGAUCCUGGUUUUUAAAAGGCUUUAUUGUGUUAAUUCUUUCUAGAUUACCUUCUGUAAGAAGUAGAACUUGAUUUAAUUCAUCAUCAAUUCUCCGUAACACAUUUUGGAGAUUUAAGAAGUGAACCGUAUGACUUCUGGAAAAAGAAAAAGGGGCUAAUUUUGAAUGUAUCUAAAAGCUCAAACAACUCUCCGGGGACUCGUAAGGACAAACUGUUGUUUAAUGUAAUAUAUUAGUGUUUUUAAUUUAUUUGUAAUAUAUUUCUUUGUUCUUAAUGUUAUCAAGAUUUCAAAGACAUGGGUUAAGUGCUUACUGUUGUUUUAGAAAAAGUGUUUUACUUUGGCGAUCUCUGGUGUGGAAAAGGAUUGGUUAAGUGGUGUUAACCAAUCAGAGAACGCCUCUUUAUCAAAUUUUCUUCCGAGGCUUUCACCAUAACCAGAGACUGGAGAUGGAUGAAACGUGUAUGAAUGUGUGCGAGCGUGCACGUGUAAAAUUGUAUGAUGGUUUUAUAUUGUUCGACUCUCGUUCUGAUUCGAGUGUUUUGGGGUCAUGCUGAUAAGAUGCUGGUAUGUUUUCUUAAUACUGCGCUUUUCUACUUAUUUUUCCUGAAAGAAAAAGUCCGAGGAAAAAGUGAGAAUGUGGCGUGAUGAGGAAUCUGACUGAAUGUCGCAGAAAAUCUGUAAAAGCAAACGGAAGGACAAUGGCUCUUAGUUUGUAUGUGCUCAAUAUGAUUUGACAGAGAAAAUGACUAAGACUGAAACAAAAACCAUGAAAAGUGGCCGAGCUGCAGCGGGUAAUGCUUAUUCACUUAGUUGCUGCAAGGAUUGAUUUCAUUUGUUUGUCCAUAUGGAAAAUGUGGAGCUUCAACCAGCACCUUUAGUUUAGACUAACUUAGCUUUACCCACCAUAAAGACCAGAGAGGGUAAGUUACUGCUGUUCUGGCUCAGUCCAAAGGUGACAGAAAAACUGUGUCUGGUUUGUGCUGAAGACACAUCACCUAAAUUACGUGAAUGUGAGAGCACUUUUAAGUUUGAUGCCAGCAACAAAUCUCAAAAAACUUUGUUUGGCUAAGUUGCUUUGCAGCACUUUGUGAAAGUUUGGGACCUUAGGGAGACCAGUUUCUUGAGUUUUAAAGUGAAAUGUCCCGGUCUUGCCUGAUGAAGGUUUUCUGCUGCAUAAGUUUGGGUCUCCUUUGUUGUAUUUCUUUGUCCCAUGAUUGGUCAAAUGUUUUAAGUGGUGACAGGUUAUGGCUGUAAGUAGACACCCUUUACUGUGGAGUCAUGCUGUUGUAAUACAUGAAAGUUCAUUUUGGCAUCUUCUUGCAGUGAACUUCAAGGUCUUUCCUGAAAACAACAGUCUGGAUGGCAGCAGAUGUUGCUCCAAAACUUGCACGUAGUGUUAAGUCCUCUUUAAAGCUGUGUGCCAAUAAGCCAAGUGAUUCCCCUCCUAUUUAGAGCAGAGGAUGCAGCAUCCAUAAUUUCCAAAAAGGUCAAAUUUUGAUUUGUUAGACCGGAGGAAAAAUGUCCGCUUUGCCUGUUCCCUCCUAUAUGGCCCAAAGUCUUGUAGAUGAUGAAAUCCCCAAAUUUAUUGCAAUGUCAUCCAGAGGAACAUCACCCAGUGUUUUGUUGACCCUGUCCUAAAUUUUUCAGUGUUGCUGGCAUCAAAUUUAAAUGUACACAUUUAACAUUUUGUACUGUUUAUAAUAGAGUAUGGGGUUUAAAUGAUCUGCAGACCUGGAUUCUGUCACCUGGGGACAGAGCGAGGCUAACUGUGACUAAAUUCCAAAAAAAGCUAAACAAACAAGCUUUGCUGGCUGCGGAUCCAACUUAAAUUGUGUUUCUGUGGGUGCGGUGGUAGUUCCGUUUCUCAUCUUCUCGGCGUUUAAGUGGGAAAGUUUCCUCCAGCUAGGGAAAUUCAUGUCAAUGAAAAACGCACUACAAAAACAAUGCAAUAACGUUGUUUAGAUAGAUGAGUAAAAGACGAGGCUGUUGUGAAUGUAAAGAUGACCCCUUGAAAAAAUCCAGCUUCUUUGUAAAAUGAAUUACAUCUUUUUAAGACAUUGACAAUAGAAAGAAGAGUUUCAGUGCCCUCCUGAAUCCUUUUGUGAAAGAAUUAGAAGCUUUCAAAAGAUUGCAACUUGCAAACUGUCUAAACCUGGUCGUAUUUAAAGGAACUCCAGCAAGAUAGCAAUUUUAACACAGUAUUAUAUCAUGCAACUCCAAAUAAAAAAAAGGAGUAUUUGAAAUUUCACAUCACCUGAACUUCAGAUAUUUCUGUAAUAAAAAAGUGCACUCAUUCACAGCUCACACAUUCCCCUUUUUGUGAAAGUAUUGCACAAGUUUUUAAUGUUAUUGUAACAGUUUUUUGGUAUGAAACAAGUGAUAUUUUCUGCUUCAUUAAAAAACAACAACAACAAA